UUGCAGCUUUGCGAGCGCCAAGGAGCGGAGCGCUGUCUGCUACCCCGAGCCUUCCUCUGGACCGAAAAAGGGAGCGGAAGACCAAGCAAAAGGGUCGGCCGAGGGAGCAAGGCGAGCGGGGCGCCGACCAGGGCCAGCCCCAGCCCGCGCCCUCGCCCCAGGCCCGGCCCGCAGCGGGUGAGCGCGGCUGCGGGGCCCCAGCACCCGGUUCACUUCUUUUACUGAGAUGGACAUGGUAUAAUCUCCUUUGAGUCAAAGGAUGGCAUCCAGUCCUGUGCUUCCCACGGAAGAUGAACAGGUUUCCUCGGGCAUCGACGAUCUCCAUAUCUCACUGCAAGCUGAACAGGAAGACACUCAGAAGAAAACCUUCACCUGCUGGAUAAACUCACAGUUGGCAAAGCACACCCCUCCUUCGGUUAUAUCAGACCUAUUCACAGACAUUAAAAAGGGGCAUGUCCUCCUCGAUCUGCUAGAAGUGCUCUCGGGACAACAGUUGCCUCGAGAUAAAGGAUCUAAUACAUUCCAGUGUAGAAUCAAUAUAGAACAUGCCCUGACGUUCCUAAAACACCGAUCAAUCAAGCUAAUCAAUAUUCAUGUUACUGAUAUUGUAGAUGGAAACCCAUCCAUUAUUCUUGGCCUAAUUUGGACAAUUAUACUGCACUUUCAUAUUGAGGAGCUUGCCCGCACUCUUUCUUGUGAUUACAACCCACCUUCCCUGGACGAUGCGAGUGUGGUUGAGUCCUCUUCUACCUCAAGUCCAGCCAAGAAACACUCCAAAGCUCAAGAAAGAUGGAAGAUGUCUGCAAAAAAGGCUCUUCUCUUGUGGGCUCAGGAGCAAUGUGCCACGUAUGAGUCUGUCAGUGUGACAGAUUUUAAGUCGAGCUGGAGAAAUGGGAUGGCUUUUUUGGCUGUCAUUCAUGCCUUGCGACCAGACCUAAUUGACAUGAAGAGUGUGAAGCAUAGAUCCAACAAAGACAACCUGAAAGAGGCCUUCAAAAUCGCAGAACGAGAAUUAAAAAUCCCCAAGUUGCUGGAACCUGAAGGUAAAGAAGCUUCUUUCUGUUUAAAGCAAUGUCCAGGAAAGAUGAAAGAUGCUAUGGCGUGGUUAACUCUACAAGAGGAAAAACUACAGAAGAUGAUAAAGGAUUCAGAAAAUGAGACCUACUGUAAAAAGUAUGAAAGCCUGCUGUCCUUUUUGGAGUCAUUCAAUGAAGAAAAGAAACCCUUUUUGGACAUCCUGUCGGUAAAAGGGAAUAUGGAUGAGCUGAAGGAAGAUCAAUUACAGUUGCGAAAAGCCUGCGAUGGCCUCAACUACCAGCCAAACUCAAAAGUAAUUUCCAACAGUGAGAAAGAAAGUGUGGAACCAGUUAUUUAUGUCAAAAUCAACAGCAUUUCGGGGGAAAAAUUCAUUCCACUUCUAGAAUUUCAGUACUGUAAGUGCUCAGUUCUUCAUUUGCUAGAUGAAGUGAAAUCAAAAUUGGAUGCUUGGAACAUCAAAUAUGGGAGCAAAGAAUCUGUGGAAUUAUUGCUGGAAGACUGGCAUAAAUUUAUUGAAGAAAAAGAGUUCCUAGCUCAACUUGAAACUUCUUUUCAAAAAUGUGAAGAAAUUCAUAAGAAUUUGGGUGGAGAAUAUCAGAGUAUCAGCGAACAAUAUAUGAUGGUGGAAUAUAAUAUCACUACGUAUAGAAAAAGUAUAUAUAAUAUGAAGUCCACUCUGCAAAAUGUUCUCACAUCUUGGACUACUUACAUGGAAAAGCUUUGCUUACUAAAGGCCUGUUUUGAAGAGACAAAAAAGGAACAAAUUAAAGAGAUGAAUGUGUGGAAGACAAGGCUGAAUCAUGACUUACCCGCGCCCCUCCAGCAAAUCGAAGCUUGGCUCCGGGAGAUAGAGGAGCUUAUAAAUGAAGAUCUGCCUGCCUCCCAAGAUUACUGUGAAGCCAUGGCUCUAAUGCAGGAGAAAAUGACUUUAUUCAAGGCUGGGGAAGAACAUGAAAAAGAAAACGAAGAACUCACUGGGCAACUGAAAGUUGUUGAAGAGGUUGAAAAACUCAUUGGACAAGUGAAAACCUGGGAGGCAGAAACCAAAGCUGUUUUAGAUCUUCUGAGACAUCAAGAUGAUGUAGAUGCUGCAACGGAAGAAUCUUUGCAGCAUCUUAUUGCCAAAGGCUCCAUGUAUGAAGAGCUUGUGUCUAGAAUGGAAGACACUUUACAAAUGGAUGUACAAAAUGUUUCAAGCCAGGAGUCCCUCCAACAUGUUCUCACAGCUGGACUUCAGACAAAGAUUCAAGAAGCUAAAGAGAAAGUUCAGAUCAACAUGGUAAACUUAGUUGCAAUGUUGAAGAACUCAGGUGAGGUUUCACCGGACCUGGAUGUCAGACUGAAAGUGGAGGAAUCACUGAAGGAGCUUGAAUCAUACAUUACAAGGGCUGAGCAGUUACUUGGCCAGAGAGAGAGCCGGGGCGGACUAAUUUCAAAGUACAAGGAAGCAUUAUUAAUUUUUAAUACAAAAAGUCUGGCUAAGUAUUUGAAAGCUGUUGAAGAACUGAAAAAUAAUGUAACUGAAGAUGUAAAGCUGUCUUUGGAAGAGGAGAGUAGAGAUGUCUGUGCCAAGUGGGAGUCUCUUCAUCAUGAAAUGUGUCUGUAUAUUCAACAACUAAAAAUAGACAUUGAAAAAGGAAAACUUAGUGACAGUAUUUCAAGACUUGAAAAACAAAUAAAUAAAGAAAAGAAACUAAUUCGCAGAGGAAGGACUAAGGGUCUCAUCAAGGAACAUGAGGCCUGCUUUUCUGAGGAAGGCAGUCUGUACCAGCUUGAUCACCACAUGGAUGUCCUGCGGGAGCUGUGUGAAGAGCUGACUUCCCAGAAGAGGCAACAAGACAUGAGGCGCGCGCUCAAGGAUUAUGAACAAAAGAUAGAAAGACUUCGCAAGUGUGCUUCCGAGAUUCACAUGACCCUGCAACCCGCAGUGGGAGGCACGUCGAAAAACAAGGGGACCAUGAACACAUCUGAGAAUGGAGGAAGGAAUGCUCACAAUGAAGUGUCCUCUGCAAAAUCAGAUAAUCAGCCAUCAACUGAAAAGGCGGUGGAAUCGAUUAAGAAUUUGAGCCUGGAAUCAGAGUUAAAGCCUCAACAGGAAGAAAACAUGGAGAAGUUUGGAAAGGAUCACAGUACAUCUAUAAAUUCUUUACUAGAGAGGUAUGAUACACACAGAGAAGCUCUUGAACUACACUUGCAAAAUAACACAUUCAGGAUUACUUCUGAUUUCCCUGGUGACAAGGAAAGGAGCAGUGCUUGUCUGCAGGAUAAACUGACAGAUCUACAGGUCUUAAAAAAUGAAACUGAUGCUUGCUGGAAAGAGUUUGAAAUCACUUCAUUGAAGUUCGAAGAGCUUGAGAGUGACAUAAAGAAGCCUUUUGUAAUUAAAGCAAGAGACAGAUUAAAGGGAAAAGAAAGAGAGUUUCAGAUGGCUCUUAAUACCAGAAUGGAGUCUUUGGAGACUGCGCUGCAGAUUGUGUUACCUGUAGAGAAGGAAUCAAUCCUCCUCUGUGGCUCAGACCUGCUCUUUCUCCAUGAAAUGACCAUUCAAGAAUUUCAUCUCACUGAUGCUGAUGGCAUUUACCAAAACCUAAGGGAUAUCCAAGAUUCAGCAGCAAAGCAGAUUGAAACCUGGAACAAUUUGGAGCAGUCGGGCAACUUCGCGUCCAAGGAAUUACACCCACUUGAUCUACAUGCAACACAGAAUAUUAUACUGAAACACAGAACACAACUCGAAGAAAUGAGCCACAGGGUCCAGAGGAGUAAAGAUGCCCUCAGGGCUCUGGAAGAUUUUUUGGCUUCUCUGAGAGCAGCUGAACUCUCUGUCGAGAUGGUUACAGACCUUUCAGCCGCAGACACACAGGUGGCACCACAACAGACUUUGACAGUAAAAAAUAAAGAGGGAGAGAUUUUUCUGAUGAAAGAGAGAGCCAGACAUUUGGAUAAACGUUUGAAGAUGCUUGAUAUAAGCUUUAAAGAUGCUGAACGGGGUGAAGGCACCUCCUGUGAAAAGCUUCUUGAUGCUUUGUCCGAAAACUUACUUGAAACACGAGGCUAUGGCGGACAGGAGGAACUUACUGAAGAAGACAAAUUACUAGAGGCUUGUGUGUUCAAAAAUAAUGAACUCCUGAAAAAUAUUCAAGAUGUUCACAAUCAAAUCAGUAAUAUUGGUCUUAAGGAUCCGACUGUUCCAGCUAUCAAACAACGGAAAAAAUCAUUAACUAGACUGGAUAAGGACCUGGAUGAAUGUGAAGAAGAGAAGAAACACUUGCAAGAGAUGGCUCAUUCUCUUCCACAAUUCAAAGAUGGCAGAGAAAAAGCUCUGAGUCAGCAGUGCCAAAAUACAGCACUCUUGUGGGAGAACACAAAAGCUUCGGUCACUGAAUCCCUUGACCAAUGUGAAAGAGUUUUGGAGCUCUUAAAGCAAUAUCACAAUUUUAAAAGUGUCUUGACAACUUUGAUUCAAAAAGAAGAGAAUGUCAUCUCCCUUCAGGCUUCAUACAUGGGGAAGGAGAACCUGAAGAAAAGGAUAGCAGAGAUUGAAAUUGUCAAAGAAGAAUUUAAUGAACAUUUAGAAGUUGUAGACAAGAUUAACCAGAUCUGCAAAAAUCUACAAUUUCAUCUAAAUAAAAUGAGAACCUUUGAAGAGCCUCCUUUUGAGAAAGAGGCUAAUAUUAUUGUGGAUAGGUGGCUUGAUAUAAAUGAGAAAACAGAAGACUACUAUGAAAAUCUUGGCCGAGCUCUGGCUUUAUGGGACAAACUUUUUAACUUAAAAGAUGUAGUUGAUGAGUGGACUGAAAAGGUCCUUCAAAAAAUGGAAUUACAUCAACUGACUGAAGACGAAAGAGAAAAGCUGAAGGAAGAGUUACAAGUCCAUGAACAAAAAACUUCAGAAUUUUCUAAAAGAGUGGCUAAAAUACAGCUUCUGCUUCAAAGCAGUGAAAUACCUCUUGAAUUGCAGGUCAUGGAAUCCUCUAUUGUGAACAAGAUAGAACAAGUAAAAAUGCGUUUAUCAGGAGAAUCCAAUGCUUCUGCCCUCAGUAGCAGCACAGCUGAGCUAAGGGAGGACCUCGAUCAAGCCAAGACCCAGAUCGGGAUGACGGAAUCCCUCUUAAAAGCCCUGUCUCCUUCCGACAGCUUGGAGAUCUUUACGAAACUAGAGGAGAUACAACAGCAAAUUCUACAGCAAAAGCACAGUAUGAUAUUACUUGAGAAUCAAAUAGGUUGUCUGACUCCUGAACUCUCUGAAUUAAAAAAGCAGUAUGAAAGUGUCAGCGAUUUAUUUAAUACUAAAAAAAGUGUUUUGCAAGAUCACUUUUCUAAAUUACUAAAUGAUCAGUGCAAGAACUUUAAUGACUGGUUCAGCAACAUGAAUAUGAACCUUAAGGAGUGUUUUGAAUCAUCAGAAACAAAAAAGAGUAUGGAACAAAAGCUACAAAAACUUUCUGAUUUCUUGACUCUUGAAGGAAAAGGCAGUAAGAUACAGCAGGUGGGAACUGUACUGAAUCAUGUGAAGAAGCAUCUGCCCAAAGCACAUGUUAAGGAGCUUCACAGUUGGAUUGUAAAUCAAGAAAUUGAAUUAGAAAAAAUGGAGUCCGUGUGCCAGGCACAAGCAAAGCAACUUGAUGACUACUUGCAGCAGCUACUGAGACUCCAGGAUGACCAUAGAAACCUGAGUAAGUGGUUGACUAACCAGGAAGAGAAAUGGAAAGAAAUGGAAGCGUCAGGAGAGAAAACUGAACUAUUUUGCCAAGCUCUAGAAAGAAAGAGGGAACAAUUUGAAUCUAUGGCCCAGUUGAACAACUCUUUGAAGGAAUAUGGGCUGACUGCAGAAGAAGAAAUAAUAACGGAAUCAACACAUUUGAUUGAUAGAUACCAGGCAUUAUUGAGACAAAUAUGCGAAACCGAGGAAGAGGAUAAGUUACCUCCUGCUGAAGACCAGAGCUUUAAUGAUCUGGCACAUGAUGUAAUUCAUUGGAUAACAGGGAUUAAAGAGUCUCUUAUGGUUUUGAAUUCAUCGGAAGGCCAAAUGCCACUUGAGGAAAGAAUCCAAAAAAUUAAGGAAAUCAUUUUACUAAAACCUGAAGGGGACGCUAAAAUACAGACAAUCCUGAGUCAGACUGAGAGCAGCCAGGCUCCAUUGGUUUCAAAGGCCAUUACUGAUAUCGAGAACCAGUGGGUCAACACACUCCAUUUAGCCAACACGUAUCUAAGCCAUCAGGAAAAGCUUCUACUAGAAGGAGAGAAAUAUUUGCAAAGUAAAGAGGAUCUGAGAUUAAUGCUCACAGAAUUAAAAAAGAAGCAAGAAGUAGGCUGUGCUCUGCAACAUGGUUUGCAGGAGAAGAAAGCGCAGUUAAAAAUUUAUAAAAAAUUCCUCCAGAAAGCACAAGAUUUGACCUCCUUGCUAAAGGAGUUAAAAUCUCAAGGAAAUUACCUCUUAGAAUGCACUAAAAAUCCCAACUUCAGUGAAGAUCCUUGGCUGGAAAUAAAGCAUCUACAUGAAAGUCUUCUUCAACAGCUACAGGAUUCUGUGCAAAAAUUGGAAGAUCAUGUUCAAGAACACCACUCAUACCAGGUUUGCGUCACAGACCUGAAUACCGAAUUGGACAAUUUAUCUAAGGAAUUUGUUAGUUUUUCUGAGAAGCCUGUGGAUCAAAUAGCAGUUGAAGAAAAACUGCAGGAACUGCAGGAACUGGAGAAUAGACUCCAUUUACAAGAUGGCACAUUCGAGAAGAUUUUAGGUUUAGCAAAAUCCAUCAAGCAAAAUACAUCUUCAGUGGGACAGAAGAUUAUUAAAGAUGAUAUAAAAUCACUUAAGCAUAAACAAAAAGAUUUGGAAAACAGACUUGAAUCUGCUAAGCAGGAGAUGGAAAAUUGUCUCAACAGCAUUCUCCAAUCAAAAGGCUCAACAGAAAAGAAAGAAAAGUUUACGCUGCCAGGCAGAGAGAAACAGGUCACCUCUGAUGUGCAGGAGUCCACUCAGGACUCAGCUGCAGUGGAAAAGUUGGAGGAAGACUGGGAAAUAAACAAGAAUUCAGCUGUGGAAAUGGUUUUGUCAAAACAACUUUCUCUCAAUGUUCAAGAAAGCAUGAAAAACACUGAAGAUGAGCAGAAAGUCAAUGAGCUGCAAAAUCAACCUUUAGAAUUAGAUGUUAUGUUAAGAAAUGAACAAUUAAAAGAGAUAGAGGAAUUAUAUACCCAACUGGAAGCAAAGAAAGCCACCAUUGAACCACCAGAACAAACUGAAGAUCUCAACGAAGCAGAGACAGAUGCCUUGGCUCCCCACAGUACAAGGAAGUCAGUGCAACACUUGGACAGUCUGCUUCAGGCACUUACUACUUUGAAGAAAAAGAAAGAAAGCCAAUAUUGUCUCCUAGAAGCUUUUCAGGAAAACCUUGCUGCAGUUGAAUCCUUGAUGAAAACCUUGUUGACAGAAAAGGAAAGUCUAAAAGUGGGAUCACUGGACAACGCAGCCUAUGUGGCCAAAAUUCAAAAAUUGAUGGCAUCAAUAGAAAAAGAAAAAGGUUCUUUAAGCAAGAUAAAAACUGAAUGGAAAAAUUUAUCAAACUCCCUGAGUGACAUGGAUAAGAAGUUGUUUGAAAGCCAGAUCAAGCAACUUGACCAUGGAUGGGAUCAAGUGGUACAACUGAUUCAGAAGAAGUGUUCUCAGCAAGCAGAGGAACAUGAGGAGUUUAUGUUUUUUAUGACUAACAUCCAAGACCUUGACUUUUCUCUGCAGCAGCAGCAGCAGCAGCAGAGUCUCCAGUUAAGACUGAGAUUUCCAGAAGAACAGGAAGGGAACCGAAGUAUGGUUGCCUUGGCCACUGAACACCAGGCUAUCGAGCAUAGGUUUUCUGUGUUAAAGGGGCGGGCUGAACUUCAGAUGAAGAGGAUUUGGGGAGAAAAAGAAAAGAAGAUUUUGGAAGAUGCAAUAAAUAACUUGCAGAAGCAGUUGGAAUCAAUGGAGCCAUUAAACACAGUGGUGGAAAAUCAGAUCAAGAAGUGCGAAAUACUGAACAAGGUGAAAGAGACUAUCUUAUGGGCCAAGAAGCUGUUAGGUGAACUCCCUCCUACCAUCUCCCUUCUCCCAGACGACGUCCUCUCACAGAUCAGAAAGUGCAAAGUGACACAUGAUGACAUUCUGGAUAAGCAGCAGGCUGUGGAGUCAUUGGUUAAAGAGGUCAAAGAAAAUAUUCCUAACCUUACAGCACGUGAGAGUGAAGAUUUAAAUCACCUCCUACAGGACUUACAAAAUCUAUGCCAAAUGCUCAUUUUAAAAUCAACUCAAAGAUCACAGCUAUUGGAAUUUAAAUUGGAAGAAAGAAGCAAGUUUGUUGCAGCAAUAGGGAAGGUUCAGCUUUCACUCCAAGGAAAUGAAACACUGACAAUUCCCAAAAUGGAAACGACCUCCACAGAGGCUGAGCUAGAACAGCAGCGUGUCAUUUUGAUGUCUUCUCAGAAGGAAUUGCAAGAAAUUGAGAGUGUCAUCUCAAACCAUCUUCAGGAACUAACAAACAUUUGCAAGGAUCUAAGUGUGUUUGAAAGAUUAUUUCUGGAUGAUCAAUUGAAAAAUCUUAAGACUAGAGCCAACAGAACACAAAGAUUCAUUCAGAAUAAAUGUAAUGAAGUAGAACACAAGAUAAAAUUUUCCAGAAAAUUCAAUGAGCAAACAUCUGUGCUUCAGAAGGAGCUUGAUAAUAUACAGCACAAUGAACUGCUACUAAAUCAAGAAAUAAAUCAGGAUGUUAAAGAGGAGUUUUAUAGUCUUAAAGACCGACUCACUGAAAUUCAGUCUAGCAUCCUACAAGCACUGAAGCUCAAAGAAGUGUUUCACUAUAUGGGACUCAAGUGGGAUUGUACCCAACUUGACCAAUUACAAUCCCAAAUAUUUGAAAAAGAAAAGGAACUUGAAGAAAAAAUUAAGCAGUUGGACACAUUUAUGGCAGAAUAUGGCAAGUAUCAAGCAUCACUAAGUAAAUUGGGGGCAAUGGAUUUGCAAAUUAAGAAAAGGGCUGAAGCAGUACUAAAAGCCCCUAAUACUUCACCAGAAAGCAAUCUGCUCAAUGCUCAAAUUUUGAAUCAGAGAAUCGAGAAAGCCAUGUGCUUGCAUCAUGAGAUAAUGAAGAAAUUAAGUCAAAAUACGGCCUUUGGUGAAUCAUUCAAAGAGAAAGAAAUACUACAAAUAAAGCUGUGUGCAGAAGAAAACGAUAAGUUACACAAGGUUCUGCAAAACAUAGUACUAGAAUUCCAACCAAAAGCAAUGGAUGAAAAGAAUUUUCAGAACAAACUAGAAAAUUCCUUACAUGUUUUGAACCAGAUAAAAUCUCAGUUACAGCAGCCUUUACUUAUAAAUUUGAAAAUUGAACAUAUUCAACAUGAAAUGGAUAAUUGCGAAGCAUUUCAAGAGCAAGUUCAGGCAGAAAUGUACAGUAUUAAAACUGUAACUGUUACCGAGAAGCAAAGAGAAGGACACUCUUCUGAAGCUAGUGAUGUGGAGGCAAAAUUACGUGACAUUGAAGAUCUUCACAUGCAGCUUAAUACAAGCAUUGAUUUGCGCACAAAUGCCUUGAAUGACGCUUAUGAAAAUAUGACGCGCUAUAAUGAGUCAGUCACCAGGGCGAUGGGGAUCAUCACUGCCCUUGAAGCCAUCAUUGCAUCACACAGAGUAGACCUAGGGAAUCCAGAACAAUCACUGAAGAUGCCUCACUGGAAACAGGAGGAACUGGAUUCCGCAAUAGCAGACAUCCAGGACCUCACCGAGAAGUUGGGGACCAUAUCCAGCCCUGAAGGCAAACUCCAGCUUCAGUAUACUUUACAGGAGUUAGUUUCGAAGAACUCAGCCCUAAGGGAGGCAGCCAAAGUAAAGGAAGCUGAAAUAGAAAGGUGUCUCGAGAAUUACAAAUGCUAUAGAAAAAUUAAAGAGGAACUUGGCACUAACCUCAUCCACAUGGAAACAGUUCUUGGGCAGUCCAUGUCCCCAUUGCCAGUAUCUUACAAAGAAGCUUUAGAACGCUUGGAACAGAGCAAGGCCUUAGUGUCAAAUCUUACAUCAACCAAACAAGAGUUCAUGAAACUACGACGGGUCCUCAGAUACCUGGGACCCACUUGCACAGAUAAUGAUGGCGUGUGUUUGUUCAGAACCACGUCGAUUCUGUGGGACAAAUGGCUGAAUGUGUUGGAAGCUGCUAAAGAAUGGGAGAUGUGGUGUGAAGAACUGAAGCAGGAGUGGAAAUUUGUCAGUGAAGAAAUUGAACGAGAAGCAAUUAUCUUAGAUAAUCAUCAAGAAGAACUCCCUGAAAUUUCCAAAACGAAAGAGGCAGCCACCACAGAGGAACUCUCUGAGCUCCUGAGCUGUUUAAGCCACUAUGAGGAGAGUGUGGAGAAGCAGCAGCUGCUGUUGACCUUGCUUCUCCAGCGCAUAAAAAGCGUCCAGCACGCUCCUGAAAGCUCAGGGGCUGUGGGAACGAUGCCGGCAGUUCAAGAGAUUACAUCCAUGCAAGAACGAUGCAACAAGCUUUUUCAGAAAGCUCAAAAAAAUAAGGAAUUGAUGCAGACUGAAAUCCAAGAAAGACAUUCUUUCACAAAAGAAAUAACGGCUUUGAAGACUCUAUUUCAACAGACAACAGCUUCUUUCCAAAAUAUGGAGUUACAAGACCACCUAGAAAAGGCAGAACAGUUUGAGGAGCUUCAAAGCAUUUUUAAGAAAGGGAAGCUAACUUUUGAAAAUAUUAUGGAAAAACUCCGAAUCAAGUAUUCUGAAAUGUACACCAUAGUUCCCGCAGAGAUUGAAUCCCAGAUGGAAGAAUGCAGAAAAGCUUUAGAAGACGUAGAUGAGAAGAUUAGUAAUGAAGUCUUGAAAAGUUCACCAUCAUAUGCAAUGAGUAGAAAAAUAGAUGAAAUUAACAAUGGGCUUCAUAAUGUUGAGAAGAUGUUACAGCAGAAAAGCAAAAAUAUUGAGAAGGCUCAAGAAAUUCAAAAGAAAAUGUGGGAUGAGCUGGAUCUCUGGCAUUCCAAGCUGAAUGAGCUGGAUUCUGAAGUUCAGGACAUCGUCGAACAGGAUCCAGGACAGGCUCAAGAAUGGAUGGAUAACCUGAUGGUUCCUUUCCAGCAGUAUCAGCAAGUAUCACAGAGAGCAGAAUCUAGAACAUCGCAGUUGAAUAAGGCCACAAUUAAGAUGGAGGAGUAUCAUGAUCUUCUGAAGAGCACCGAAGCUUGGAUAGAAAAUACCAGUCGUUUGCUGGCUAAUUCUGCUGACUAUGACUCUUCAAAGACACUGAGUCACCGAGCUAGCGUCCUCCAGAUGGCUUUGGAAGAUUCAGAACAGAAGCACAAUGUUUUACAUUCAGUUUUCACUGACCUGGAAGACUUGUCAGUAAUUUUUGAAACAGAUGAUUUAGUGCAGUCCAUACAAGAGUUAAGCCAUCAAGUAGCAGCUUUACAACAAAACAUCAUGCAAAGCCUUCCACAGAUUCAGCGAAUGGCUGACGAUGUGGUUGCUAUUGAAACUGAAGUAAAAUCAAUGGAGAAAAGAGUUUCAAAAAUCAAAACUAUCCUAUUAUCAAAAGAAAUAUUUGACUUUUCACCUGAAGAACAUCUUAAGCAUGGGGAGGUCAUACUCGAAAAUAUACAUCCGAUGAAGAAAACCAUUGCUGAAAUAAUGUCUUACCAAGUGGAACUGAGGUUACCCCAGACAGGAAUGAGACCUCUGCCUGUGUUUCAGCGGACAAAUCAGCUUUUACAAGAUAUAAAACUGUUGGAAAAUGUGACUCAGGAACAGAAUGAGUUAUUAAAGAUAGUCAUAAAACAAGCUAAUGAAUGCGAUGAAGAAAUAGAAAAUUUGAAGCAGACCUUAAAUAAUUAUUCCACUGAGCUCUCCCAUGAACAUAUGUCACCAGACCAAGCUGCCAACCUGCCACAAGUACAGGGAGACAUCGAAGGCAUUGAAACGCAGGUUAUGAGUUUGAACCAGAAAAAAGAAGACCUGCUGGUGGAGUUAAAGGCUGCCGUGUUAAAACUUCACCAGCAUUUACAGCAAGAACAGCGAGAAGUGGAAAAAGAAAUGCUGUCUGCUGAAGCAGCAGAGGAGGAUGGAGGAGCUGAGAGGGAUGUUUCUGAGUGGAAGUUGAACAGGACAGGCUCCAUGGCGUUCCUGCCAGCAGUCAAGGAAGAGGUGGAAGAGAGCUCGCUGAAGAGUGAAAGUGGAGACAAGAAAGCGACAUCUUCCGGGUCUUGGUCUUUACUUGGGAAACAUGACAAGGAUAUGGAGGACGAUAGAGCAUCCUCUUCCUCUGGAACUAUCAUUCAGGAGGCAGCUGGGAAAAUGAGCACGUGUGACAGUUCCGUGGCACACCCUCUUGCGCCAGACUCACUAAACACUGACCAAGGCCCAGAAGUUUCCCUGAGUCCCAAACAAACAGAAGAGGGUGCCACACCUCCCAUCAAGGCUGCAUCUCUGGGCUUUUCUGACAAGCAAGGAGCUUCUGAGGCCACGGUGGAGAAUCCUAGGCCCGAGCCUGCAGAAGUCCUCCAUGUCUGCAAGACCCAGGUGGCCAAGCUGGAGCUGUGGCUGCAUGAAGCCAACGUGGCAUUUGAGCCGGAAACAUUAAACGCAGACAUGCAGCAGGUGGUGGAACAGCAGCUGGUAGGGUGCCAGACUAUGCUAACAGAGAUUGAGCAGAAGGUGGCCUCUCUGUUAGAGAACUGCAAAGAUCAGGUCUUGGGAGAUAGUGGAGCGACUCAACAGGAGGCUGAAGCCCUUUCCUUGAAACUAAAAACUGUGAAGUGCAAUUUGGAAAAAGUCCAGCUGAUGCUUCAGGACAAAUACAGCGAGGACCAGCAUUCUGCCAUUCUGAAGAAACCUUCAAAGCAUCAAAAAGUUCUCCAAACAGAUAACCUUUCUGAAUUUGAAUCUGUUGUAAUGGAAAGGCCACAAUUUAGCCGACAAAAAGAUUUCCAGCAGCAACAGAUUCUAGAGUUGAAACCAAUGGAACAGAAAGACUUAAUCAAAUUCAUAGAAUUUAAUGCCAAGAAAACGUGGCCCAAGUAUUGCCAACGCGAUAAAGAUACAACUCAGAAAUCAUCUGUGAGUGAUGAAGCAUCAAGCCCUGAAAAGGAUGCCUCAGACUCAGCCUUGUCAGCUCAGAGCCAAAGUGGAGAUAAGUGGCAAUAUUUAGAUCAUGAACUCUCAUCAAAAAUAAGGCUGCCUCUUCCUGAGCUUGUGGAGCCUCAGGUUGCCUCAGAUAUGAGUAUUCUACCUAGUGUGAGUGUGUAUAACUUUAGAUACCCAACAGCCGAGGAACUGAAAACUUACACCACCCAACUUGAAGACCUGCGUCAAGAAGCAAAUAAUCUUCAGGAAAAUAUGACCGAAUACACAUACUUAAAUUUGGACAAAAAAUUAUUUGAACUAUUUCUGACGCUCAGUCAAUGCCUGGGUAGUGUGGAGGAGAUGCUACAGACGCCUGAGCUCGUCAGAGAGGAUGUCGGUGCCCAGCAGGUGCACUACGAGACUCUGGCUCUUGAGAUGAAAAAGCUUUACUUAGCUAUGAGUGACAAGAAAGGAGAUCUUUUGAAAGCCAUGGCUUGGCCUGGCAAGAACACCAGCGCAUUCCCUGACUGUUUUGAUAGCCUCCAACUUUACCUGGAGCACACACAGGCUACAGCUGCGUCGAGAAGCAAGUCCCUGAAAGCUGGCGUCGACUAUAACCGUAGUUACCAGAAUGAAAUAAAGCGAUUAUAUGACCAACUUAUUAAGAAUAAAACAUCUUUACAACAGUCUUUGAAUGAAAUUAGUGGCCAGAGUCCUGAUGAACUGUUUCAGAAAGCGGAUGCGUAUACAGUGGAGCUGCAGAACUCUGAGAGCCGGGUGGCAAAACUAAGAGCCGAAGGGGAGAGGCUUCGUUUACCUUAUGCUUUACUCCAAGAGGUUUACAAAUUAGAGGAUGUACUUGACAGCAUGUGGGGUAUCCUGAGAGCCAGGUACUCAGAACUCAGCAGCCCUUUCAUCAGUGAGAGCCAGCAAGAUGCUUUGUUGCAAGGCAUGGUGGAACUAGUGAAUAUCGGAAAGGAAAAGCUUGCUCAUGACCACUUACAACAAACCAAAAGUAAAGCUGCUUUACAGGCUGAAGUACAAAAUCACAAGCUUUUUUUCCAGAAGCUUGUUGCUGACAUGCUGCUGAUCCAAACGUACUCCAACAAAAUGCUUCCUUCUUUAUUGCAAAAGAAAGAGUCAUUUUGGGCAGAACAAAUAAAAGAGGUUAAAUUACUCGAAGAAAAGGCACACCAGUGUGGAAUAAAGCUUCAGAGUUUGUUGCAGAAAUGGGAAGAUUUUGAUGAGAACUAUGCAUCUCUUGAGAAGGACCUGGAAAUUCUUGUAUCUACAUUGCCCUCUGUGAGUUUGGUGGAAGAGACAGAGGAAAGAUUAGUGGAAAGGAUUUCAUUUUACCAGGAGUUUUCAAAGGAACUCGAUGAGAAGUCCUCCUUGAAGACUGCAGUUCUAAGUACGGGGAACCAGCUCCUUCACCUGAAAGAAGCAGACACGGCUACGCUGAGAGCUGCUUUAGCACAGUUUGAACAGCAGUGGACAGUGCUCAUAACUCAGCUCCCAGAUAUUCAAGAAAAGCUUCACCAGCUUCAGAUGGAGAAAUUGCCAUCUCGUAAAGCAAUCACAGAAAUGAUUAGCUGGAUGAACAAUGUGGAACAUCAAACUGCAGAUGAAGACUCGGAGCUUUCACUGAGUUCUGCAUCUCAAGUUAAAAAUCUUCUUCACAAGUACAAGGAGUUUAGAAUGGAAAUGGACUGUAAACAGUGGAUAGUUGAUUUUGUUAACCAGUCAUUACUUCAGUUAAGCACCUGUGAUGUAGAAAGUAAGCGCUAUGAAAGAACGGAGUUUGCCGAGCACCUGGGAGAGAUGAACCGCCAGUGGCACCGGGUCCAUGGAACAUUAAAUAGAAAGAUACAACGUUUAGAACAACUUUUGGAAAGUAUCACUGAGAAUGAAAACAAAAUACAGAUUUUGAACAACUGGAUGGAGGCGCAAGAGGAGAGACUGAAAACCUUACAAAAACCAGAAAGUGUGAUCUCGGUGCAGAAGAUGCUCCUGGAUUGUCAGGAUAUAGAAAACCAACUUGCAAUGAAAUCCAAAGCACUGGAUGAGUUGAGACAAAGUUCCCUGACUUUGGAGAGUGGGACACUGCCAUUGUUAGAAGAUACAGCAUCCAGAGUUGACGGGUUAUUUCAAAAGAGGAACACUGUUGUCAACCAGGUCAAUGAGCUCAAAACCUCCAUGCAGUCCAUGUUACAGGAGUGGAAGAUUUAUGAUAAACUCUAUGAUGACGUGACUACGUUGACAGUCCGGUUCCGCUACUGCCUGGAACACAGCAAGCCUGUGGCUUUAUCACUGGAGGCCUUGAGAUGCCAGGUGCAGAACCUUCAGGCUCUUCAAGAUGAAGCUGAGAGCAGCGAAGGGAGUUGGCAGAAACUCCAGGAGGUUAUUGGAAAAUUCAAAGAUCACUGUCCCUCAGUGGCUGAAAUAGUCGAAGAGAAAUGCCAAGAUACUCACACAAGGUGGGCUCAGGUAAACCAGGACAUUGCGGAUGAGUUGCAGAAGGCCCAGAGUCUGCUGCAGCUCUGGACGGCCUAUACCAGCACUCACACUGAAGCGGUAGCAAGGCUGGAGCAGCAGGAAGCAAAGUACCGACAGCUCGCAAACAUCAACAUGUCUGGAAAUAACCUGCAAGAGAUCCUGACCCCAGCCCUGCAGGACAUAAAGGAGCUUCAGCAUGAUGUGCAAAAGACAAAAGAAGCCAUUCUCCAAAACUCCACUCUCCUGGAUCGACUCCCACAACCGGCCGAGUCGGACACCCACGUGCUCCUCUCUGGUCAACGACACUCGCUCCAGAGAGUUUCUCACUUGGGGAAGAUGCUGUUGGUGAAAGCUACUGAAUUUGAGUUGGUUCUAUCACAGUUCAAGGAUUUUGGGGACCGGUUGGAAUCUUUAAAAGGUCUCAUUCUGCAUGAAGAAGAGAAUUUGGAUACACUCCACCAGCAAGAAAAAGAAGAAAAUCCUGACUCAUACCUGAAUCACGUGCUGACACUGACAGCCCUGUCACCUGAUGUUGAACAUCUGAAUGAAGUAAGCCUCAAGCUCCCCCUCAGUGACAUAGCUGUAAAGACACUGCAAAACGCGAACCGACAAUGGAUUCGGGCCACGGCAACAGCGCUGGAACGCUGCAGUGAGCUUCAGGGAAUUGGAAUAAAUGAAAAGUUUCUUUACUGCUGUGAAAAGUGGGUCCAACUUUUGGAGAAGAUAGAAGAGACGCUCAAGGGGGAUAUUGCUGCCAGCCUUCCCGCCCUCCUGGAGCAGCAGAAAACAUACGAGAUGUUAGAGGCUGAAGUUUCUGUAAACCAGGCAACGGCUGAUUCCUAUGUCACCCAGUGCUUACAACUCUUGGACACAACAGAAAUAGAGAAAAGACCGGAAUUUGUUUCGAAGUUCACUCAGCUGAAGGACCAGUGGCAGAGCGCCGCCCGGGGCGUUCGGCAGAGGAAGCGUGAGGUCGACGGGCUGGGGAGGCAGUGGCAGUACUUCGCCACCUCGGAGGACACCUUGCUCCGCUUCCUCACCGACACCAGCCACCUGCUGUCUGCAGUGAAGAGCCAGGACUGCUACAGCCUCUACCAGACGAGAAGCCUGAUCCAUGAGCUGAAGAAUAAAGAAAUUCAUUUUCAGAGAUGGCAAACCACCUAUGCUCUAACCUUGGACGCUGGGGAAAAGUUACGGAACUCAGCUAACCUGGAAAAUAAAGAGUCUGUUGACAAGAGAAUCAGUCAACUUGAGGACAGCUGGAAGGACACAGAGCUCCGAUUAGGAGAGAUGAUUAAACACUUCCAGAGCAUUGUCGAGACCUGGGACCAGUGUGAAAAGAAAAUCAAAGAGCUGAAAAGCAGGCUGCACGUUUUAAAGGCACAAAGUGAAGAUCCUCUUCCAGAACUUCAUGAGGACCUCCACAAAGAGAAAGAGCUGAUUAAGGAACUAGAGAAGUCUUUGGCUAACUGGACUCAGAACUUGAAAGAACUUCACACCAUGAAGACCGACUUAGCCCAGCACAUUCUUGUGGAGGACGUGAUGGUUUUAAAGGAGCAAAUAGAGCACUUGCACAGACAAUGGGAGGACCUCUGCUUAAGAGUUAUUUUGGAAGACCAAACAAUGCUGCUAGUCAUAAAGUUGACUUUGUGCAGGUUGCCUGAUCCAUGGGACUGGAAGGAUUUAGAGAUUUUAGCACAGGGAGAGCCAGAUAUCAGGGUGAAGAAGCUGAAGGAGACCUUUGCAUUUAUUCAGCAGCUAGACAAAAACAUGAGCAACCUUCGUACCUGGUUGGCUCGAAUUGAAUCGGAGCUUUCGAAACCUGUUGUUUAUGAUGUCUGUGAUGACCAGGAGAUCCAGAAGAGGCUCGCCGAGCAGCAGGACCUGCAGCGAGACAUUGAGCAGCACAGUGCAGGUGUGGAGUCUGUGUUUAACAUCUGCGAUGUCCUCCUGCAUGACUCUGAUGCCUGUGCCAACGAGACGGAGUGUGACUCCAUCCAGCAGACCACCAGAAGCCUGGACAGACGCUGGAGGAACAUUUGCGCCAUGUCGAUGGAACGGCGAAUGAAAAUUGAGGAGACGUGGCGCCUGUGGCAGAAGUUUUUAGAUGAUUACUCCCGCUUUGAAGACUGGCUCAAGUCCUCUGAGAGGAUUGCAGCCUACCCAAAUUCCUCAGAAGUCUUGUACACAAACGCCAAAGAAGAGCUGAAGAGGUUUGAGGCCUUCCAGCGACAGAUCCAUGAGAGGCUCACGCAGCUGGAGCUCAUCAACAAGCAGUACCGGCGGCUGGCCCGCGAGAACCGCACCGACACGGCCAGCCGCCUCAAGCAGAUGGUCCACGAGGGCAACCAGCGCUGGGACAACCUCCAGAAGCGGGUCACGGCCAUCCUGCGGAGACUCAGACAUUUCACCAAUCAAAGGGAAGAAUUUGAGGGGACCAGGGAAAGCAUUCUGGUGUGGCUCACGGAGAUGGACCUGCAGCUGACCAACGUGGAGCACUUCUCCGAGAGCGACGCCGACGACAAGAUGCGCCAGCUGAACGGUUUCCAACAGGAAAUUACAUUAAAUACCAACAAGAUUGACCAGCUCAUCGUUUUUGGGGAGCAGCUAAUUCAGAAGAGCGAGCCGCUAGAUGCCGUGCUGAUUGAAGACGAGUUGGAGGAACUCCACCGGUACUGUCAGGAAGUAUUCGGCAGGGUCUCCCGAUUCCACCGGCGGCUGACCUCCCAUGCUCCGGGCUUGGAAGAUGAAAAGGAGGCCUCUGAGAAUGAAACAGACAUGGAAGACCCCAGAGAGAUUCAGAGUGACUCUUGGCGUAAAAGGAGAGAAAUGGAAGAGCCCUCGUCUCCUCAGUCCCUUUGUCAUCUAGUGCCGCCGGCACCAGGGCCUGAGCGGUCUGGCUGCGAGACCCCUGUCAGCGUGGACUCCAUCCCUCUGGAGUGGGAUCACACAGGUGACGUGGGGGGCUCCUCCUCUCACGAAGAAGACGAGGAGGGCCCAUACUACAGUGCGCUGUCAGAUGUAGAAAUCCCCGAAAAUCCUGAGGCAUAUCUUAAAAUGACCACAAAAACUUUGAAAGCGUCUUCUGGUAAAUCCAUUUCUGAAGGCCACUCAUGGCAUGUUCCUGACAGUCCUUCCUGUCCCAAGCAUCGCUACAAACAAAUGGGAGGUGAUAGGAAUGUACAACCCAUCCCCUCAGACUCCAGCACCCCUUAUAAGCCAGCCUAUGUAAAGCUGCUGUCUCCAGACACCGACAGUGGCAAAGAAGGCCCAAGAGUUGUGAAUGGCAGCCCACAGCAGGACGACGAGGCACUGGCCAGUCCGCCCGGGCAGCAGUCAGGUGCCUUUGACAGAUGGGAGCUGAUUCAAGCACAAGAACUUCACAAGAAACUCAGAUUAAAACAAAACUUGCAGCAGCUGAACUCUGAUAUCAGCGACAUCACCACCUGGCUGAAAAAAACUGAAGCCGAGCUAGAAACAUUCAAGAUGGCAGAGCCGCCCUCUGAUAUCCAGGAAAUGGAGCUCAGAGUGAAGAGACUGAAGGAGAUAUUAAAAGCCUUUGACACCUACAAGGCUUUAGUGGUCUCUGUCAACCUGAGCAGCAGGGAAUUUCUGCAGACUGGGAGCGCUGAGUCCAGAGAGCUCCAGGAUAGAGUCGGCCAGCUGAGGCUGCACUGGGACACGGCGCAGGGCGCGGUGGACAGCUGGAGAGAGGGCUUACGGCAGUCGGUCAUGCAGUGCCAGGACUUCCAUCAGCUGAGUCAAAAUCUGCUACUGUGGUUAGCGAGUGCCGAGAGCCGGAGGCAGAAGGCUCAUGUCACUGACCCAGAGGCAGACCCCCAGGCUCUCCUGGAGUGCCAGGAAGAACUGAUGCAACUAGAAAAGGAGCUAAUGGAACGUCAACCUCAAGUAAACUCCUUACAAGAGAUUUCAGACAGCCUCCUGAUUAAGGGGCGCGGAGAAGACUAUAUUGAGGCUGAGGAGAAGGUACACGUCAUUGAGAAGAAACUCAAACAGCUACUUGAUCAAGUGUCCCAAGACUUAAUGUCCUUGCAAGGAAGCCAGAGCCCAGACCCAUCUCUGCUCGGCUUGGACGAGGUCGAUGCUGGAGACCAGCUUCCAGACGCAUCUGUGCCAGCUCCCCAGGCAAAGCUCGGAGGCGAGAGAACUACAACAGGCAAGAACAAGACAGACAGCAGGGUGCCCGGGCCCACAGACUUGGGCAGCUCCAGGCCGCAGCGUUCCUUCCUCUCCCGGGUAAUCAGGGCGGCGCUCCCCCUCCAGCUGCUGCUCCUCCUGCUGCUGUUCCUGGCCUGCCUGCUGCCCUCCUCCGAAGAGGACUAUAGCUGCACUCAGGCCAACAACUUCGCCAGGUCCUUUUACCCCAUGCUGCGGUACACCAACGGGCCACCGCCCACAUAGAGGGCUCAGCCUGGCCACCAGCACCACCCCACAGCCUGUUUACAUGGUGCCUGACUCACGGCCCCAUGCCCACCUGUGAGUGACUGAGGGACGGCCUGGCGCAGGGACCUGCUGUGGACACCUCCCGCAGGGCCUGGCCAGAGAGGGCUCUCUCGGGACCCACGGCAGCUUUCAAAUGAUGUUCUUCCCCCCUGGGCAGCCAUUGCCCUGGGCAGUUUGGGGAUCUCUGGAAACUGCAGUUUCGUGAAGAGCCAAGCACUUUGUGAAUUCUGAUUUAUUCGUAAAACAACAUUAUUAAAAUGUAGCGAAUAUGGUCAAUGAACAGUAGUGUUCAUCACCUAGUAGAUGUUCUAGAAACAAGCAAGCAGAUUCCGCCUUAGAAGUGGAUCAGAAACUCCCACACACCCUUGGCUGAUGGAUUAAAACAAUCAUAUUUUAAAUGUUUAGAAUUAAUUUUUCUCCAAUCAGCUAGCAACCUUAAGCUACAGGUUAUACACCAAAUGUUCUGUUCAGUACUUAGGUCUGCUUUUUUAUAUUGCUUUAAGUUGUUAAAGAAAUUAUAUUGCAUGGAUGUGGUUAUUUGUGCAUAUUUUUAACAAUGCUGAAUCUGUAUGAAUAAUGUAAACUUUGAUUUUUUUAAAGGAAAUCAGAUUUUAGCUAGAGCUUUUGACUAAUGUACAGUAAAUGCCAAACUACAUACUUGAUAAGGACGUUUUUGUAAGUUAAUUUUUAUAAGACUUUUCACAUUUAAAGCGAUGCUUCAGGUUUUCACUGUUUGGCCACGGGGGGUUGGUACAGCUACCUGAAGCUGUUUGUCAUAUGUGCAACUCAGUGCAACUCAGAUGUUUCUCAUUAAAACAAAAAAUAGCC